AUGGCGGAAAUUGUGAGUAAAUACUGCAAAGAAGUUAGGGAACUGGGUUUCAGACUGGAGGAGCUGAUUGCAGAGAGCCUGGGACUGGAAAGAGAUCACAUUAGGAAGGUGUUGGGGGAGCAAGGGCAGCAUAUGGCCAUAAAUUACUACCCUGCCUGCCCGGAGCCGGAGCUGACCUACGGGUUGCCGGGUCACACCGACCCCAAUGCCAUCACCAUUCUUCUUCAGGACCUGCAGGUUGCAGGCCUUCAAGUCCUCAAGGACGGCAAGUGGCUGGCCAUCAAGCCCCACCCGGACGCUUUUGUCAUCAACAUUGGCGACCAAUUGCAGGUGCCCUUCUUCUUGUGGUCCAACCAUAUUACGGCUUUGAGCAAUGGGAGAUAUAGGAGUGUUUGGCACCGGGCUGUGGUAAAUGCAGAUAAGCCGAGGAUGUCUAUAGCCUCUUUCCUCUGUCCCGCCGACGAUGCCCUAAUUAGCCCUCCAAAGGAGCUCACAGAGGACGGAACUGGAGCCAUUUACAGGGAUUUUUCAUAUGCAGAGUAUUACAAGAAAUUCUGGAGCAGGAACCUGGAUCAAGAACAUUGUUUAGAGCUCUUCAAGAACUAA